AUGUCUCCACGGGGUACCGCAGAUAUAACUGUUCACGAAAAGUUAGAAGAUGGGAAAUUGGAGGAAUUAUGCCAAGCUACCGGCGAUGCAUGUGGUGGAACGUCCAUCGAUAACGAGUUCUUGCAGUUAAUGGUAGACAUAGUAGGCGAACCCUUAAUGAAUAGUAUGGCAAAGAACGAUCCAGUAGCCUAUCUUGAUCUUUUCAGAGAAUUUGAAACUGUAAAAAGAAAGAUAAAGCCCUUAAAAUCAGCGAAAAUUAACUUUACAGUUCCCUUUGUCGCUUUAAAUGAUUUAUGUGAGAAGGAGCUAGGAAAAUUUUUUCCUCAGGCUGUUUUUUCCUGUUCCCUUAAGGAUAAAAUUUCCUUACGUGGCGAUAAACUGCGGUUCGAUGUAGAUGUUUUCUAUGCUCUUUUUUCAAAAUCAUUAGAAAAUAUUGUUUCUCAUAUAUCAAGGAUAAUCAAGCAAAACAAAAGUGUUUCCCUUUUGCUACUAGUCGGAGGAUUUUCUGAAUCAGCAAUCCUUCAGCAUACCAUACGAAAAGAAUUUCCAGACAGGAGAAUCAUCAUUCCUGAGGAUGCAGGUUUGUCCGUGUUAAAAGGAGCCGUUCUCUUUGGUCACAACCCAGACUAUAUAUCAUCACGCGUAAUCCGAUAUACAUAUGGAUUUAAAACUGUGGAAAUUUUUAAUCGUGAAAUUCACGAUGAGGCAAAAUUAGUUGUGAUAGAUGGCCAAGAGAGAUGCAAAGACAAUUUUUGGAUUGUAAAAAAGAUGAACGAGACCACCUCAUUGGGAACAAAAGUAAAAGAUAUGAUUCACACUAUAGAGUCGUUUCAAAGAACAGUAGAUAUACCUGUGGUUGUGUCUAACAAAGAAGACCCAAUGUAUACUGAUGAACCAGGGUGCAUGCAUAUUGGAACUUUCACAGUUGACAUACCUAAUCCAUCUGAGGACGUCCGUUGUUUUGAUGUUGAGUUUCAUUUUGGUAACACUGAAUUAACAGUUACCGCAACCGAACAGGAUACUGGACAUUCAGUAACCGCAAUGUUCGACUUAGUGUAA